UGUUUGAUUAAUGAAUUCGAAAACUAAAUGAUUGAUUUAAGUGUAACCUGCCUGGCAUAAUAAAUUGUUAUAAUUGAUUCAUUUUACUUCUUCAGAAAUUGUAUUGAUUUAUUUUAAUUCUUUCAGAAAUUAUUAUGACUAGUAGAUUAGAAGGAGUCUGGUAUUACCGCAAGAUUAUUCUGUCAGGAUAUGAUCACACUAUGGUGUUUUGAUGGUCGAAUGGAGCAUGGGGCACAUUCAUUAAAACUCUUAGAUUUAUGUCUAUCACCUGCCUUAGCAAGUUGCAUGAGCGCUAAACUAAAGUAACUAUUUUUAUGAUCGGAGCAAGCAUGGAGCGGCCCGACAUAAAAAUAUUAGUUUUCCCGGCAACCUCUGACUAAGAUCAGACUGACAAUCUUGUGUCCGUGAGAUAUACACAACGGCCGGUGUAUUCUCUGUGCGAUACCGGGUCCCUAAUGAACGAAUAACUAAGACUAUGGGAAUUUUAUAAAUAAUCAAUAAUCUAAAUUAAUAUUCACUAUAUAUUACGUUUAAUUAUAUAAUUUGGAGUCAGAUUGGGAAACCCACAGAGUCAAAUAAGAUAAAAUACUAAAUUUAAAUGAAUGUUUUAAUUCUUAAAGGAGGAGAUUCAGAACACGAGAUUCCUUCUCCCCACGCCAUUGGACUCCGUCGUUGGACCAGUGGGUGGUUCCUUACAGCUUGGUGAUCCCGACGUGAUUACGUCAUACGCUGGAACAAGUGACGUGUACUCCAGAAACAGUGACGUGUACACCAGAACGAGUGUCCCCGGCGCGAGUGAAGUGACGUCAUACCAGCGCGACAUCUCAUCCAACACAAAGUAUUCCAUUCAACUCCGAGUAUGAGGUUUGAGCUACUUCUCUGUCUUCAGCUGUGUUGGGUGGUUGCAGCGAUCCCAUGGAGACCGGACGCAAGGAAGGUGUCAGGGCCCACCUGCAUCAACUUGGGCCAAAGGGUAUUACUUGCACACACCCUGAAAUGUGGGAGAUGGGUAUGGAGGUAUAACAAGGGGCCAUCCACAUCUUAUAUCACAAUGCCGCCUAGAGAAGUAGUUACAUGGCCUCCCGGUAUAACAUCGGAACCAAAUUGCGCAACAAAAAUCUGCUGUAAAAUAGGUUCCAACCAUCCUCCCAUAAUGAACAUUUCAGGAGACACCCCGGCACGUAUAUAUUCACACAAUAUAACGGCCUGGUAUCAACUUAAACUUGAACCAGGAGCAAAAGUUGGGGGUUUGCGCACCCUUUAUGAGAAAAUUAACAAUGGUCUAGAUCCUAAAAUUUGUUAUUUUGUGAAAGAUCUAGAGCCUGCCGUAUACAGAUGCACACAUACUGAAACAAUCAACAGCACACAUAUGAGUUUUGUAGAUUACAAGUUCAACAUCACUUCAUAUGUACCGGAUGAUAAUGAUCCAAAAACUUUUAUUUGGACUAGCCGAAAAGAAGGAACAUAUUGUGUGGGCAAAUGUGAACCUGAUGUAAAUAGUUAUACUAGCCCACAAAAUUGUACAUGGACUUUAAAGCAUUGUUUUAAUUUAACCACUUGUGGGUAUAGUAAACCCAAGAAAUGUCCAAAAUUAUAUCCCAUCCCUCCUGGUGGUUUUAUUAAGGGAAAUAUUAACAAAACUUUACUGCAUGAUGUUAAUUUAGUAAUGACCCAUGUAACGUAUAAUAUUUCUAAUAUUUUGUCUGCUUAUGUGAAACAUUGCAGGGCUGAUGAUAAAACAUAUGCAUGGCUACAGUCACGAAUCGAUGAUUUAAUCUCUGAUUACAAAAGUAGACUGGCAGUCCAGGUUUCACCUGUACGUUCUAAACGAGAUCUGCUUGGAAAUAUAGCAGGUCUUUUUGGCUCAGUUAAUUCACUUGCCAACACGUAUAAAAUAACUGGACAAUCACAAUUUUCAGCAUGGUUGGCAAACCAGGUGGCCACUGGUUUUCAGCAUCUCACUAAUAGUAAUGAGAAAAUUAUUAAAGCUGUUAGAUCUGAAGCGCAGGCGCUUCUAUUAACCAGCAAUUCAUUGUUCAAUCAGACCCGUACCAUCGAACGUGACUUAGCUUGCAGAUCAUAUGCACAAGAUUUAUUUACUGUCGCUAGACAAGAAGUUUUAGACUUACGUCUUCUCAAAACACCUAGACAUGCUCUAAAGGAUUUAAUAGAAAUUUUGGAUUUACAUAGGUGGGUUACAUCUGAAAAGAUGAAAGAUAUUAAAUAUUCAGAAUUAUUAUCAACAUUAAUGUUAUAUACUGGUGAUGAAUGUACUGGUUGCAUUGGAUUCUUUGCCAAUUUUCCUUUAAUACACCCAGAACAAGUGUUUUUAAAUUCCACUACUAUACGCUCUAUAGGUACAGUAGUGAACAAUCAGAUUGUGAAAUGGGACCAUCUUACGGGAUAUAUGACUUUAAAGGGAAAUAAGACCUUAUUUACCACUCGCACCUGUUGUCACGAAACUGCAAGUUAUGUGAUUUGUACAUGUAAUACUUUACAACCAUUUUCUCCAAAUGAUACUAAGCUCAUCAGUGUUCAGUCAUUACAUGGGCAUGCUGAUGCAAUACAGGUGUCGCACACACAAUGGUGUGUGGUCAGUGAGAUGAAUUCCUUUACCUAUGGAGGUCUGACCUGUCCUGCAAACCAUACCUUUUGUCUUGAGGUAACAGAGGAUUUUACAAUGGGUCAGAUAAAUAUCUUGGGAAGGAUUCCACUAGACAUUGAUGUCUCUCCCUGGUGGGAAGACACGUUCUAUGAACACAGCACACAGUCAUUGACUGACACCAUGAAUUUGGUGCAACAAAUGAUUCAACAGACUGAGUAUCAUCUAAACCAGGCUCAGGUAGAAACAAACCUGGCCAAAGGAACAGCAAAAAUUUUGUCAAGUUCAUCUAUUCGCUCUGCACAGUAUGUGUACACUUGGUGGGACUGGAUGUUUCGUGGGUGUGUGAUUGGCAGUGGACUUGUGUUUCUGUUUUCUUUGAUUCAAUGCUGGUAUUUCAGGUCUACAAUUCACUCUUUACGGACAUCUGCCAACACUGCUUUCACCCUAAGUCCUCUGCAAGUGCCCGCUAUACAGAGACUGUUGCAAUAAAAAAAAAAAACAAGAGAAAAAACACAAGGAUUUGAAUAUGACCAGCAAUGGUCCUUAUGGACUAUUUUUCAAUUGCUCCAAAAGGACCAGGGGAGGAAUUUGUAGUACAGCUGGUAUAUUAUAAACUUUAAGUUUAUUUAUGAAAGGACACUAUGAAACAAUUAAAACCUCAGGUGGUGUUGAUAACCCAAAUUUGACCCACAGGUGAAACUGUUUCCAGUUAUGCAACUCUUUGAUGUUGUAAUCUCUCCAUCACAAAGACUUUUGAACUGGUAGCCUUUAGGCUUACAUCACUGGGUAUCUGCUGAAAUGUAUAAUGUAAUGUACAUAUUAUGUGGUUUUAAGAUUGUAAUUUUAUAUUCAUAUUCAUGUACAGUAUUAUUUCAAAGGUCAUGGUGCGAUGAGUAAAAAAGGUCUCAUUUCUACAAGUCUAAGAUAAGAUGGUACAAAGUUUAGAUUUUAGAAUUUAGGAUAGAAAAUGCAUUUCUUUUAGAGGUGGGGUUUUUUGCCAGGAUACUUCUGGCUAGUUUGACCAGUUGCCGUGAUACUCCUGGUUAGUUUUUACCAGGUGGCUUUUAGUAUCACUUGGUACAGGUCAAACUGGGUUUUUCUCCAGGUGUCCUUUAGUAUCACUUUUUACAGGGCAAACUGGAUUUUUGUAGUUUUUAUGAUGUCUUUGUUCUGGUCAGUAUUUAAGGGGCAUUGGCAAGGUGUUCAAGGAAGCAUCUGUAUUCAGACU